AUGGCGGCAUUGUAUGUUCAGUCGAGACCUCGCCAAAAGAACAGAUCACCAUUCUUUUUUUCAUGGACUUUAUCAUCUGGAGUUUGGAUGUUUCUUGUGUUUGAAAUUGCAGUUCUGAGAUUGCUUGAAAUAACUCAAUUGGAACACUUCAUAUUUUUAAUACUGUUGACUUUCACAUGUUAUUUCUUUUACAAAAUGAAAGCAAUUGCUGAUUUUGAUACAAAAGGAAAAGAAUACAGCCCAGUACUGACAUCUGACUCACAUUACUGUCAAAUCUGUCAAAUUGAAGUAAAUGAUAGAUUCUUCCACUCCAUUUGGUGGAACUGUUGUGUUCUUAGGCAGAAUUAUAUAUAUUUCCUGGUUGGGCAAUUUUUUGCAUUUGCAACAAUACUUUAUGGAACCAAUUUGGGUCUAACAACAGUUUGCCAACCAUUUUUACUUUAUGGUACAAUCCUUUUACCUGAAGACUGUGAAGAUGUCUAUUUUGAAUUUCAGUUGGCUAUAUCUUUUGUGGCUUGUGUAUAUGGUUUGGGAUACUUGGGCAUUAUUGGCUUUCUAUUGAUUCGUCACAUAUUUGUAUUUGUGCCUAAAUAUUUCGCACCACAAUGGAAAAAAAUAAUAAAUGUCACCAUA